GCAGCUUCAGUCGCUCGCGAACCUCCACAGCGGUAACGUCUAGCCGCGUUUCGGUCUAACUUUCGCGCACGGCGUCGAUCGAUCGCGAUCAACGGGUCUCCUGUUGAUCAGGCCACGGUUUCGGUUCGACGCGACAGGUGAGAGGUGGUCGCCCCGAUGCGAACACCGAAGUGCAAGCCGUGAACGAGGAUGAGGACAAUUCCGUUCGAAGCUUCGCGUCUGUGCAUCGACGACUUCGGCGAGUAAAUCGAGACAAAGUUGGGAACCAUGCGGAGUUGCUUGAUUCUGAUCCUUUGCGCCACAGGCGUAUCGGCCGCCGCGGUACAACCUUACAACGUCAGUAUCAGUUCACCAGUCGCGAACCAGCCAGGAAACGGCCGACAGAAAGAACCUAUAAGACGUUUUGCUUGCCCUAUCGGGUUCUUCCGAUUGAAAAGAUAUUGCUAUUAUCUAAGCGGAGGCACGGCACCCUGGAGAGAUGCCCAUUUUCAUUGCAAAGAUAGAAAUGCAACUCUGGCAGUUCUCGACAGAAAUGGGAAGGAUAGGACGCUGAGAAAAUACUUGAUGGGCGAUCAAUUCACGAAAUUAGAGAGAUGGAUCGGUGGCAUAUACAACUGGCAGAAAAUGGAUUGGGAAUGGGGCGUGACCGGCGAAAAAAUGGAUUUCCAAAAUUUCGGCGAGCCCCAAUCCGGCCAGUAUGAAUGGCAUUGCAUCACGAUCGACCCCAACCUAAAAUAUAAAUGGAGUCCACGAAGCUGCGUCGAACGAAAGCAUUUCGUUUGCGAAGUGCCAGCUGGCCGUGUUGCCAGGAGACGCAAGAAGAAGACCACGGACCCGUUCGCGCCGCAAAACCAAAGAUUAAAGCCCCGUAAAAAGGGCAAAAAGUAUACGAAGGAUGCCCAAAAGCCGGGAAGACGAAAUAAACAACGUUCGAAACCGAGAGAACCUUGGACGGAACGGAAUACGAACAACGACUGGAACCAUGGCAUGAAUAUGGGAGCACGGCCACCAUCCAACAACAGAGUAGCGGAUUCGAGGAAUCGAGUGCGACAUCGCCCGAACAGAACUCAACUGCAGCGUUCCCAGCCAAGGGUGGAUCAGAUCCUGCCUCAAAGACAAGGAUACGGCGCAUUUUUAGGAGACGGGCCCAGCAACGGUCCCCAAAGUCUAACGGACGUUCUAUCGCCGAUCCCUGGCAAAAUCAGUAACUUAGCGAGCGAAGAAGUUCUCCUGAAACCAUGAAACGUUGCACCCGAUGCAGCGGUACAUGUUUAACUCUUUAUUUGGUAGCUUCGAAUUAACUUUCCGAAACCGACUUUUUCGCGCACGUUACGAUUGCGUAUAAGUUUUGUAUAUAUUUUAUAUACUCUACUCGUUGUUUAAAAUAACUUACAAACUCACGAAUUGAUUUCUUUGGUUUGUCGAAUAAAGAGUUAAUCAUACAAGUGUUUCGACGCGCUGCUUCCAAACACAGUUCGGAUACCGUUUAGAUUACGUUGAAACCGAGCACAGACUGAAAUAAUUUAUUCACUUAAUAUCGGCGAAAUAGUCUCUCAUGUUCCUCUGUCUGAAUAGGCGUUAGAUUCUCGACGAUACUGUCUUAGUUAGCAACGUUACCUCGUAUCGGUAGAUUAAGAACUUUAACAUUGAUGUAUCGUGUACGAUGUGUGUUCAGAUUUCAUUGGAAUUUCAUUUCCCUUUGUUUUAUUUAAUCAACGUGCACGAAACGCGACGCAACUUGUAUCAUAUUCUUUUCGAACACGGUUUUCGCUUAUCGCUUUAAGUGUACGACAUUCGAAGGCAUUUAUAAGACGGGAAAGGAUUCGGAAGAAACGAAAUUUAAUUUAAACUAAUGUUCGAUUUCAUUCGUUUGCUUUUCUUAAAUGGAAAAGUAUUCCGAAGAAAUUAAUUCUGUUCGAGCAGGCACCUUUUACUGUCUAAUGCAAAAGAGUUCUUUGCAAUCACGCUCGUUCCGCGUGAUAAAUAAAUGUUUAAAGUAACAGUAUAAUCGUUGUAGUACGUAAUAUAUCACGAAUAGUCAAAAUGCUUGAGCAUCGUUAGUUCUGUCUCGAUUACAUUUAAAUUUUCAUGUUAUUUUGAAAGAUAAUAUCGUUGUGUAGGAUAUUUCAUUAUUAAUAAAUAAUGUACUGACUGCAUAUCAAUGUUACUUCGAAAGUAAGUACGUAUUCGAUAUCCAUAAGCAUUAUCUAGUAUAUGUUAUCGAUGUACCGACAAGUUUGAAGAUUUUUAUUUUUUAUGGUUUAACUUAAUGGUAUUUUGUAGAUAAGUAUAAGAUAAUAAAACGUUUCGGGAUUUAAGUUAACGAGAUUAUAUUUUAAUUGCAACCCAAAUAUUUCCAAGAUAUCGUGCGAUGUGCUUAAAUAUCUAUCUAUAUAUACGCAAAAAAUCGUACUCGAAUUUAUGUAAAAAUUAAUCUUGUAUGCGUGAUAUUGUCUCGAAAUAGCAGAGGCUCUAUCUAUUAUUAAAUUGUGUCGUAUUAGUUAACACUUAUUUGGAACGCUAACUAUCGCAACUA